CAAAGGUCCUGGUGGGCGGGGAGGGCUCGACUGGGCAGGCUGGAGUCUGGACAGUGUGGGUAGCAUCCAAGUGGGGCCAGAGGAACAUCGUGUGCGGCAGCAAGAAGCCUGGAGAGGAACAUGGCACUGCUCCGGGGGCUACUGGUGCUCAGCUUGUCCUGCCUGCAAGGUCCCUGCUCUGUGUUCUCUCCUGUGAAUGCCAUGGAGCGCUUGGACCAACAGCUAAUGAGCCAGCAGGCCCAGGAGAAGCUGUCCCCACUUACCCUUCUCAAGUUGGGCAACCAGGAACUUGGAGACCAGACUACCCUGAAGAGCGCCCAAGGAGACUGCAAGGGUGCCCCAACCCCUGAGCAGAACCGCAGGCUGGCCCAGGCCAUGAUGGCCUUCACCAGAGACCUAUUUUCCCUGGUAGCCCAAACGUCUACCAGCCCCAACCUCAUCUUGUCACCUCUGAGUGUGGCCCUGGCACUCUCUCACCUGGCACUAGGUGCUCAGAACCAAACGCUGCAGGGGUUGCAGCAGGUGCUGCAUACAGACUCAGGGCCUUGCCUCCCAUACCUGCUGAGCCACCUCUCCCGGGACCUGGGCCCUGGGGCAUUCCGACUGGCUGCCAGAAUGUACCUGCAGAAAGGAUUUCCCAUCAAAGAAGACUUUCUGGAGCAAUCAGAACAACUCUUUGGUGCAAAGCCCAUGAGCCUAACGGGAAAGAAAGGAAAUGACUUGGCAACCAUUAAUCAAUGGGUAAAAGAGGCCACAGAGGGGAAGAUUGAGGAUUUCCUCUCAGAGCUGCCAGAUGACAUAGUGUUGCUUCUCCUCAAUGCCAUCCACUUCCAGGGUUUCUGGAGGACCAAGUUUGACCCAAGCCUUACCCAGAGGGAAGUUUUCCACCUGGACGAGCAGUUCACAGUGCCAGUGGACAUGAUGCAAGCCCACACAUUCCCUCUGCGUUGGUUCUUGUUGGAGCAGCCUGAGAUACAGGUGGCUUACUUUCCCUUUAAGAACAAUAUGAGCUUCGUGGUCGUUGUGCCCACCCGCUUUGAGUGGAACAUGUCCCAGGUGCUGGCCAACCUGAGCUGGAACAUCCUGCACCAGCCCUUGCUGCGGGAGAGGCCCACCAAGGUCCAACUACCCAAGCUGCAUCUGAAACAUGAGCUGGACCUGGUGGCCACCCUCAGCCGCCUGGGCCUGCAGGACUUGUUCCAUGCCCCAGACUUGCGUGGGAUCUCUGACCAGAGCCUGGUGGUAUCCAGCGUGCAGCAUCAGUCCACUUUGGAGCUUAGUGAGGCUGGUGUGGAGGCCGCAGCAGCAACCAGCACGGCCAUGUCCCGCAUGUCCCUGGCCUCAUUCAUCGUGAACCGCCCCUUCCUCUUCUUCAUCCUGGAAGACACAACGAGCCUGCCCCUCUUUGUGGGCAGUGUGAGGAACCCCAACCCUGGUGCACAGUGGGAGCGAAAGGAGCAGCAAGAUUCCCCUGACAGCAGGGACUUCUUCCAGAACCAGAAAGCCUCCUCCAAAGGAGACAAGCUCUUUGGCCCUGACUUGAAACUUGCACCCCCUUCGGAGGAGGAUUAUCCCCAACCUAGUAGCCCCAAGUGAGGGGCAGUGGUCAAGAGCAUCCUGACUCCCUGCCUGGACAACCUCUCAACUCAUGUGACUCUUUCCAAACAGCUUCAUAGGAUUAAGUGGGGAGGGGGGCCUGGGUGGACAGGCGGGGAGAA